CAACUCGAGCUCAUGGAGGUGAGGAAGACUCGACAAGAGGCUGCUUCAGGGGAUUAUGUGUGUACAUACAUUGAUAUAGUUGUUACUCGAGCAAGCUACUUAUGCUAUCGGAAACAAGCCCUCUGUGACUUGAUUUGUUCACUCCCACUGUCUGGCUCCAACGGCUUAGCAAAGAUGAUUUUGGCGAGGGGAUGCUUUCGAACCCCGCGAUCACUUCAACCCCACUAAAGACAAGUCCACCGCGUAAUAUGCCCUCGUCCGUCACAAAACCCAACCAGCCCAAUCUAAAACGCCCAUGUGCCUCCAUGAUUCUCCCUUGACCGCCUGUCUUUGAUCAAGCCCCAGUUGAAUUCCCCUUCUGAGCCCCCAAGCCAUGGCCCCGCAGCCGCCGACCAUCCUCUCGCUCAAGGGCAGCUUCCUCGCCAACCAGACGCGCCACCUCUCGCAGCCCCUGAGCCCCUCCCGCCACUGGCACAGCGCCAACGCGGCCGCCGCGGACGGCAUCCCCGAGAAGGCCCUCGACGACGCGCUCUUCCGCCUCAACCACGCCCUCCAGCAGCACGCGCGCCGCGUCUACGCCCCGCAGGCCACCCGCCACGUCGCCGAGCAGAUCGACCAGCUUUACUGGAACGCCGGCGACAGGGCCGCGGCCGAGGGUGCCGCGGGCGCCGCGGAGGGAUUGGACGCCGGGCUGGAUCCGACAAACUCCGAAACCAUCAACUCCCUCCCAACAACCUGGGAAUCAGAACGCGACGUCCACGCGCACCCAAUGGAAGCCCGGCGCUACUCGGAACUGGUGGCGCGCCUGCAGGCCCUCGACGCGGCGCGGGCCCGCGCCCAGGAGACCUCGCUGCGCCUGCGCCAGAUGGCCGACCUGCUGCGGCCGUUCCAGGCCUCCGGCGAUGACGACGGAGCGGGCACGGGUGCGGGCGUGCAGGAGAACCUCGUGACGCGCGACGGCGAGGUCGAGCGCGAGCUGGAGCGCAUGCGCAUGCUGCUCGCGCGCGUCGGCGCCCGGCUGGGCCACCUGCGCGAGCAGCCGGCCGACGCCGCCAGCGGGGUUGGCGGGGGUGGGGGUGGUGGUGGUGGUGGUAGCAGCAGUCUCUUCAGGGCGGAGGUCGAUGCCGUGCUCGUGGAUGAUGUCGAGGUCGACGAGAGGAGGAAGGUUAAUGAUCUUCUCAAUCGCUUCUAGAUGUCUAUCCCCCCCGGAACUGUGCUGCUGCUGCUACUGCUGGAUUUGGCAUUCGACCAUCUAUCUACUUGUGGGCUUGGCGUUACUAGGGGGUUUGGUUAAUGGUAUGGGUUGUGACUUCAGAGGGACCUCGUCACCCUGUUUCUUCGUCCGAAUGAUACCCAAUUGAAGAAUCGACACGAUUAUUAUUAUCACACCUAGGGUUGCCUCUAAGGGUGUAAAAGUCCAUCGUACCCAGACGGGUCGGCUGCAUUA